AUGGAAAGAAUGUUCCCUACAAAGAAGCCUUCAACUAUGAAUUCACAUGAUAGACCCAUGUGUGUUCAAGGUGACUCAGGUCUUGUUCUUACCACUGACCCCAAACCUCGUCUUCGUUGGACUGUUGAACUCCAUGAACGUUUUGUUGAUGCUGUUACUCAACUUGGAGGACCUGAUAAGGCUACUCCUAAAACUAUUAUGAGGGUUAUGGGUGUCAAAGGUCUCACUCUUUACCAUCUCAAGAGCCAUCUUCAGAAAUUUAGGCUUGGAAAGCAACCCCACAAAGAAUUCAAUGAUCACUCAAUUAAGGAUGGUAUGAGAGCUUCAGCUUUAGAACUGCAACGAAAUACUGCUUCCUCUUCUGCCAUGAUUGGCCGCAACAUGAAUGAGAUGCAAAUUGAGGUGCAAAGAAGACUUCAUGAACAACUUGAGGUACAAAAACACCUUCAACUAAGGAUUGAAGCUCAAGGGAAAUACAUGCAAAGCAUAUUAGAGAAGGCUUAUCAAACCCUUGCAGGUGAAAACAUGGCAUCAACCACAACUAACCUAAAGGGCGUUGUUAUUGGACCUCAAGGAAUUCCUGAAAUGGGACUAUUGAAAGAAUUUGGCACACCUCUUAGUUUCUCAUCUUUUCAAGAUCUCGACCUUUUCGGCAGUGGUGGCGGUGGCGAUCAACUCGACCUUCAACAAAACAUGGAAAAGCAAACCCUAGAUCAUCAUGGAUUCAUCCAAAUCAACGAUAACUUAUGUCUUGGCAAGAAGAGGCCAAACCCUAACACAAACCCUUAUAAUGGAAAUGGGAAGAGUCCUUUAAUGUGGAGUGAUGAUUUAAGGCUUCAAGAUUUAGGACCAGCUUCAUCAUGCUUAGAUGAUCCUUUCAAAGGUGAUCAAAUUCAAAUCCAAAUUGCACCACCAACAUCAUUGGAUAGAGGAAAUGAUAUUGAAACUAUAGAUAUUUAUGAUACAAAGCCUUUACUCCAAGGAGAGAUUUUAGGUGAAAAGAAAUUCGAUGCGUCGAUGAAUACUAAACUCGAAAGGCCAUCACCAAGAAGAGGCCAACAACUUCAUGCUGAAAGGAUGAACAAUCCUAUGAUUAGUACUGGUAUCAUGACACAAGGUAGAGGCUCACCAUUUGGAUGA